AUGAGCAUUUUUCAAGAGAUUCGUAAAUUAGUGGAUGAUGCCACUUGGCGGUAUAAAGUGCACGAUGGAUUUGAUGUCACACCCACCGACACCUUCAAACAAAUUGUCUCCAAAGUGUUUCGGCGUCUUUUCAGUGCUGAUUCUUGCCUCGCUUUAAUCCCAGGUAAAUACCAAGGGUCAGAAUUCUUCCCCGUCAAAAAUGUUUGGAGGAGAGCCAGUUAUUGUACACUCCGCGAAAUGUAUCAACCAAACUUGGGUGAAUAUCGCCGGUCGAAAAGUUUUUCUUCAUUAGCACCAAGCUGUGGGAUGCCUUAUGAGAAUCGUGACGCGCAGCGAUAUUUCGGAUCAUUUCGAAGUUACGUACCAAAACAAGCGGAAUGGAAAUUUGCACUGGAGAAAUACUCGAAACCAAGAAUUUACCGAAAACGUCUGUUGAAAUCGAAAAAGGAAAUGAACGAGGUCCCAUCUGAACUUAAACUGAAACUAUUUUACCGGAAGCUGAGCGAAUUCCCGACAUCAACAUCCAGAGUGGAUAAUUAUAAUUUAUAUUGGCGAGGUCGUUUGAAUGGUGUCUUUGGGACAGGUGCACUAUUUUAUCCCUCAAAUUUCAUAGGGGAGGAAGAUCGACGAUAUGAACGAAUUUAUUGGGGUCAAGAUUUGAUGGAUUACAUAACACCGAGUGCAAGACAUGCUGCUAGUUUAUUACUUUCGGCAUAUUGA